GCAGCAGGUGGUACCCGCCGGCCGGCCGCAGCAGGAGCCACCAUGGGGAUGAACAAAUCACUGAGUUGCUUAGGUUAUCCCGUCAGCAUUUUCUUCAUUAUCAUCAAUGAAUUCUGUGAACGAUUUUCCUACUAUGGAAUGCGAGCGGUUCUCGUUCUAUACUUCCAACGCUUUCUGGGAUGGAAUGAUAAUCUGUCCACCGCUAUCUAUCACACAUUCAUUGCUCUGUGCUAUUUAACACCAAUCCUUGGUGCACUCAUUGCUGAUUCCUGGCUGGGAAAGUUCAAAACCAUCAUCUACCUGUCCAUCAUCUAUACCAUAGGGCAAGGAGUCACAGCAAUAAGUUCUAUUAAUGACUUAACUGAUAACGACCAUGAUGGAAAACCCAAUAUCUUGUCUUUACAUGUGGCACUGUCCAUGAUUGGUCUUGCCCUGAUUGCUCUGGGGACAGGAGGGAUCAAGCCCUGUGUGUCUGCAUUUGGUGGAGAUCAGUUUGAAGAAAGCCAGGAGAAACAAAGGAACAGAUUUUUCUCCAUCUUCUAUUUGGCCAUCAAUGCUGGAAGUCUGCUGUCUACUAUUAUCACUCCUAUGCUCCGAGUCCAAGAAUGUGGAAUUCACAGCAAGCAAUCCUGUUACCCUCUGGCAUUUGGUGUCCCAGCUGCUCUUAUGGCUGUAGCUUUAGUCGUAUUCAUCCUUGGAAGUGGAAUGUACAAGAAGGUUCAACCUCAGGGCAACAUAAUGGCUAAGGUUGCGGGUUGCAUUUCAUUUGCUAUCAAAAACAGGUUUAACCACAGGAGUAAAGCUUUUCCAAAGAGGAAACACUGGCUGGACUGGGCUAGUGAAAAGUAUGAUGACAGACUUAUUGCACAAACAAAAAUGGUCCUGAAGGUGAUGUUUCUGUAUAUACCUCUCCCGAUGUUUUGGGCACUCUUUGAUCAACAGGGCUCCAGGUGGACACUUCAGGCUACAACAAUGAGUGGAAACUUUGGAAGUAUUGAAAUCCAGCCUGACCAGAUGCAGACUGUGAAUGCUAUCCUGAUAGUUAUCAUGGUGCCGAUUGUAGAUGGUUUGAUUUAUCCACUUAUCGCAAAAUGUGGCUUCAAUUUCACCUCCCUCAAGAAGAUGACGGUGGGAAUGUUCCUGGCUUCCAUGGCUUUUGUUGUUGCUGCCAUUGUACAGAUGCAAAUAGAUAAAACACUUCCAGUCUUUCCUACUGAACAGGAGUUUCAAGUCAGAGUAAUGAACCUGGGAGAAAAACGCGUGAAUUUGAUGUUUUCUGAAAAAAUGAAUGCGUCAGUAUUUUCAGGGGAACAAACAGAAUUCAUGAAGUUGGAUGUGAACAACAUAAAUUCCAUUCUUAUUUCUGAUGGCACUACAACUGAGAAUCAUACCGUCCCAUUUAAAGCGGGACAACGCCAAACUUUGCUUCUGUGGUCACCUGCUGAAGUUACCCUGCUGGAGAACGAUCUUAACAAGAAGCCCGAAAAAGGACUGAAUGGAAUCCGAUUUAUAAAUGCUAUGGAUAAGCCUCUCAAUAUCACAGUGGCUGGAAGCAAUUUUCCAAACGUGCUUCCCCGUAAUGCCAGUGGAUAUGAAUUCUUUCCUUCUGGUGUGAAGACCGUCAUGAUUAAUAAUGGAGACUGCAAUGGCAAAACUAGAAAAUUGAAAUUUGGCAGUGCACGUUCCCUGGUGGUGACAAAGUGUUCGGCUGAUGAAUUGGUCAUAUCGGAGUUUGAGGAUAUCUCACCCAAUACAGUCAGCAUGUCCUUGCAGAUCCCACAGUACUUCCUUCUGACCUGUGGCGAGGUUGUCUUCUCUGUCACUGGACUGGAGUUCUCAUAUUCACAGGCCCCUUCCAACAUGAAGUCCGUGCUUCAGGCCGGUUGGCUGCUGACGGUGGCUGUGGGGAACAUCAUCGUUCUCAUCGUGGCCGGAGCUGGCCAGUUCGGCGAGCAGUGGGCUGAAUAUAUUCUGUUUGCUGGGCUGCUGCUGGUGGUUUGCGUGAUUUUUGCCUUCAUGGCUUACUACUACAAGUACGUCAAUCCAGCGGAGAUUGAGGCCCAAUUUGACGAAGAUGAGAAGAAGAAGAAGACGCGAGACCUGCAACCGUACAACCAGAAUGGGAAACCAAACACACUCUCCCAAACAGCCCUGUAACUAUGGGAAACCAAAGAGGAGUGACUGACCGGCAGAACUUGCACAGAUGCUAAUGCCAUAAUGAGAAGACAGAAAAACUGGAUGUGGGGAAUCACAUGAACGACCCGAUGGUUUUGAGAUCUUGUAAACGCUCACGGGUGCCAUUCCAGAAAAUCACGGUUUUUUAAAGAGCAGAAUUGGAAGCAUAAUUCUAGCAAUUAUUUUACUGCUUAAAGCACAGAUCCAGUUUUUAGGAAGCCCCUAAACUGUAUUCCACAUGGAAAAGGCCCUCCCAUUUGAAGAAAUUCAGUGAGAUUAUUUUUGUAUAUUAAUUUUUUUUUUUACUUGUUGAAAGGGCCUUUUUUCAAGAAACACUCUUGGGGAGACAUGUAGCUAAUGGCAGGGUCUGUGCAGUGAGGCCAAACACAUGUGUUAAGGAAUGUCUGAGGGUGGCUUAAUCUGAUCCCAAAAAAUCCUGUUUCCAAAUAUUUCACCAUGUAAACGAAUAGCUCCAGGCCUGUGUUGUGUCCCCUCCGCUCUCCCGCUUGGGAUGGUACCCCCGGGGGAAGGCCGAAGAGAAAACUGGGACAAUCAAUUACAUUUGGAAUAAAUCAUCCACUCUCAAAAACCAAUGCUCAGGUGUGUCUCUGG